AUGGUUUACCUACAUCCAGACAACGAAGUGAAUAACCGCGGUACCCUAACAGAUAACGUAUUCACUGAUAACGUGGCCUCGCAAGGCAUUAUAAGGAUAACGUCGGGAAAUUAUUCAAUACAUUACAAUCUACUUGAAAACCCAUCAAGCGUGUACGAGCUUUAUGCUGCAUAUGAUGGCGAAGAUAUCAUAAAUGCUACGUACAACUGGUGGGGAAGCGCAGUAGAAGCAUAUGCUGAUGAACGCAUAUUUGAUAAAGCAGAUGCAUUUAAUGCUGCAGAGGUAGUUUACAUUCCAAUGUUAUCAGGGAAAGUAUUUACAUGCUUGGCUGUGAACAACUGUUCUAACCAUGGCGAAUGUGUUAGACCUGAUAGAUGUCGUUGUGAUGAUGGCUGGCAGGGGGCAGAAUGUAAUAAAGUCUCAUGCAAGCAGGUAUCUGACUGUUAUGGUAAUGGCAACUGUGUUGGACCAAACGUUUGCGAAUGCACUGGAGGUUGGACUGGAGAGACCUGUGCUGAUGCAACAUGUUACAAUGUGAACAAUUGUUCAGGAAGAGGAUACUGUUUGCAACCAGACGCAUGUUCAUGUUUUCCUUCAUAUGAUGGGACUGACUGCUCGAAAUGUGAAGAGUUGUAUUGGGGUCAGGAUUGCGAGCCAUGCCCGCCAUGCGUCAAUGGAUACUGUGAUAAGACAUCAGGUGGAUGUACAUGUUCAUCUGUGAAUUGGGCCGGAAAACUAUGCAAUGAGUGCAACAUAACAUUCUAUGGACCAUACUGCUUGCCUAUCCCUACUGUUCUACUAGUUGCUCCGUCAACAGGACCUGAUAUAGGUGGCACUGUGGUCAACGUAAUCGGGCACAAUUUUGAGAACAGUAGUGAUGGUCAGUAUAUAUGCCGUUUUGGUAAUAUCGAUGUAAUUGGUCAGUGGGUAUCACAUGAACAAGUACGUUGUGUAAGUCCUAAGCAAGUCGGUGAAGUUGCUGUGAAUGUUGGAAAACCAGAAGGCGAAUUUACAAACGAAAGAGUUACAUUCAAGUACCACCCUACAUGUCCAAGCAGUGCUUGUGGACGUAAUGAAACACCACCUCAUGGAAUAUGUUUGUUUGGACAAUGUUCAUGUAUUCUACCCUGGGAAGGAGAGUCGUGUCAGGAUAUUGUAAUUGCUCCAUUGUUUAAAGAGGUUAAUCUCACCUCUGCCCGGGAAGGGAAGAGAUAUCAAGCUCAAAUGGAUAUAAAAAAGGGAACUAGACCAGUAACAUGGCAGCUGCUGAAUGGGCCUUCAGGAAUGUCUCUUGAUCCAAGAUCCGGUUUAUUGAUUUGGCUUAGGACUGUGGCACAGAAAGAACCUUAUGACGUCCGCAUGCGGGUAGAAAAUGCUAUUGGUUCAGACAUCUACAACUUUAAGCUGAACAUCCCAUUAAGCUACAAUGGUACAGUGACGUCAGUGUCUGUCAAUGGUAUUUUACCACAACCUUCGGAAGUCUACAUUUAUGGUUACGUUGACCUUUUUGAAGAGGAAUGGGACAAUAAAAGAGGAACAGUGCUGGUGCACAUUUGGUAA